ACAGACAUGCGUCUAUCGACGCAUUGAUAUCACCGUCAACAUCGGAGAGAAGGGUUUCCACACCCAAAGAUGGCCUACCAACGACGAUUACGCUGCCGUUCAGGCAGACGCAUCUUUCCAAACGAAUCCGAAAGCCGACGAUAGAGAUUGUGACCACGCCGUGCACUCCUACCCAGCUGGAGCCAAAGAAGAACAGGCUAGAGCAAAGUCCCGGACCACUCCUCCAUCUCGUCGAGCAGCAGGCCGGCUUCAUGAACGAGCAGCAAAUCAUCAUUUCGCAGCUCAUUCGACACCUCGAGCGAAUGGACAUGCUCCUGCGGUCUCAGCAGUGCAUGACGGCACAAUACAAGACAUUGCCGACGCCACCGUCACCCCCACCUGCAGAAACAAAAGACGCCACGACAUCGACCUCAACACCGACGGGAACCCCGACCCCAAGCCGAGCCCCCACUCCAUUUCAUCCGUACAACCUACUGGGCGCCCCCGAUUACCGUUCCGUCUCCGCGCCUCCAUGCGAAUAUCUUGCCCACAUCACCACGACCACCCCGCGCUCCUCCUACGGCCCGCCUAUCUCGCUCCAAUCCGACGAGUCCGCCGCGGCACUCGACCGGAUCGCGGAAGAAAUCGCGGACACCUACGACGCACUCUCAAUCUGUUCGCAGCACGCAGACACCGUCCCCUGCAGCCGCACCAGCGUCGGCGCACACUCCACCGAGUUCCACGCAUACACGAACAUCACGCCACCCAGCGAGCACUCUGGCUUUCCCACCGCGCCCUCCUCCUGCCACGUCUCGCGGACAUCCGACUACUCGACGCUGAACCGGAUCCACCACGUGCAAAGGGUCGCACCGCUGAAACACUCCCGCUCCACCGCAGAUAUGGACGGCAUGAGGAUCCCCGAGCUGGGAUGCGAGCCCGAGAGCCCCGUGCUGCCGAAGAGCACCGGAGAGCUUACGCCGCCGAUUUCGCCCACCGUGGCGGCCGUAGAGUGUGGGAGGCUGCCGCCGGUUGCGCGCGGGGAUGGCAGGGGUGACGGGAGUUGGGGUCAGUGGUAUCAGGGGUCUGAUGGGAGGUUUUAUUGUCGGGCGUCGGGCGCGGGCGCGGAGCUGCACGAGGGAGGGUAUAUAUAGAUUUGUAAACAUUGUCUUGGCUUGCUGCGUCUGUUUAAAUGUGCUGAGUGAUUGCCUGGUUGGUGCGUUUUCGACUUGUAAGUUGUGGUAGCUUUUCGGAUGCUGAUGUUUCUAUGAGCCCGAGGAGUGUGGUGGGCAUGACAUGUGAGCGGCG